CUGGAAAAGAGGAGCGCGAAUGCGGUUGCCUUGUCCGCACAGGUGGAUGUCCUCUGUUUGGACCGCAGCAACUUCAUUCACCUCAUUGGGGACCUGAAUGAAAUCAGGUCGAAGGAGUAUGCAGAUGACAAGCGUGCAUCAGAAAGUUCAUCAAACACAGAUGUGGAUACUGAACGGUCCUCCCCGACCUCCACUCGCUCUUGGGACGAGGACACUCAGGGCGAAGUAAACCGAAAACCCCUAACAGCCUCCAAUUCCGUGUCGGCUGCGAAGGGUCGACAGUCUAUCCUCCAGGAAGACCUGGCUCCUAUCGCCAUCCUCGGCAUUGGCGGUUUUGGACGCGUGGAACUUGUGAGUCUGCCAAUUGCGCUUCAUAAACUCACCAGUUAG